AUGCGCGGAUCUAAUUUGCAACGUCAAUUUCGACGACACAGGCUGGAGGCAGGCAAAGCUCCCUUUGAGCUUCGAUCAGCGGUAGAUUUGGCUCUUCUAUCUUUUUCAUUCCUAUUUAUUUAUUUCUGUUAUCACUUUUUUUUUAAUUUUCGUUUUCUCUUUUUUUUUUGUCUUUUCUUUCUUUCUUUCAUAUCUUUCAUUUUCUUUGAUUUUUCCUCCUUUUUUUCUUUUCAAUCCGUCUUCUUUUUUUUCGUUUUCUUCUUUUUCUUUCCUCAUCUUCUUCCCUCUCUUAUUUUUCUUUCUCUUUCUUUUCGUUUUUUUUCAUUUUAUUCUUUUUUUUUCAUUUUCUUUUUUCAACUUUCUUCUUUUUCUGUUUGUUUAUUCUUUUUGUGUCUUCUUUUCUUUCCUAACAUAUUUUCCUUCCUCUUUUCGCCACGAUUGUUUAUUCUUGUUCUUCCUUUUCUUCUUUUUUCUUCUUUCUUUUUAUCUUUAUUUUUGUUCCUAAUUUUAUUCUUUUUUAUUUCCUUCUGCGAUCACUUUUUUAAUAUUCAUUUUCUCUCUCUUUUUCCUUUUCUUCUUUUCCUUCUUUCUCUCCUGUUUUUCAUUUUCUUUAAUUUUUCCUGCUAUUUUCUUUUCAACCUGUCUUCUUAUCAUAAAUUCUGCAACAAUCUUCUUCCCUCUGUUUUUAUUAUUUCUCUUUCUUUUCGCCUUUUUCAUUUUAUUCUUUCUUUUCAUUUCUUUUUCUUUUCAACUUUCUUCUUUUUUUGUUUCUUUUUUUUCUUAUUUUUUUAUUUCUUCUUCUUUUUUUUCUAA